AUGGAUAGUCAAACAAUUAAGUGGCUUGUGUCCGAUGGAACAGCCGAGAACUAUCCGGCAUGGAGCACAAAGUUUACUGCAUACAUGCAAACGAAAGGUUUGUACAAAGCUCUCAUUGGGAGAGAAGUCAUACCCCAAGAAGUUACACCGUUAACAGUCGUCGCUACAAGUGAGCAAAGAGCCGAAUGGGAAACAAAAGUACGAGAGAGAAAUCAACAAAUUGAUGAAAUUAAAGAAAGAAACAACACGGUAUUGUGUCAUAUUGCAUUAGCUCUUGACAACAACAGCCUUUUAUACAUACGACAUGACUGCAAUUCGCCAGAUGGUGUCGGAGACGGAGCAAAAGCGUGGCGUCUACUGCAACAAAGAUUUUCUAACGUAGAAAAACCAACUGUAGUAAGUUUAGUUCGACAAAUAUCUCGAUUACAAUUAGGUGAAAGUGAAAAGUUAUCCGAAUACUUUAUACGUUCACAAGAAUUAAUGUCUCGACUCACCGAAGACGGAGAAAAUAUAUCAGAAACAUUAUUUAAUGUUCUAGUCAUUAAUGGACUUCCAGAAAAAUUUGAACACUUCGUGGUUCAAGAAAGUUUUAAUCCAGCAGCUAACUUCUCAGAACUGAGAACUCGACUACAGAGUUAUGAGGAUAGUCGGAUUCAAAGAAAUCAAGGAGAAGAUAGUGCAAUAGCAAUGCACUCUGGAAAUUCAUCAGGCAAAAACAAAGCCCCAAUCAAGCAAAAAGGAACUUGUUAUGUUUGUGGACUCCCUGGUCAUUUUGCCAAGCAAUGUAGUAAAAGAAGUUCAGCUUUCUGUUCAAAGUGCAAGAAAAAGGGACAUCUAUCAAGAGCAUGUAGGAGUCAGAGUAAAAUCGAAGAACCUUCAACAAGAGGACCAAAUUCAUUCUCGUCAUACUCUCAAUGCAUGAAUAGUGGCACUGGAAUAAAUAGUGACAGUAGAAGAUUGAAUUAUAUCAUCAUUGAUACUGGUUGCACAGAUCACAUCAUUACUAAAAAGGAACUAUUCAACAACUUAAAACCAUGCAAUACUAAAAAUUUUAAGGAUCCAAAGGGAAAAUUAACACCUAUCGAAGGUAUUGGUGACGUACCAGUAAAGCUUCUAUUGAAAAAUGGAGAAGAAGUAGAGAUGGUAGUGCAAAAUAUCCUUUAUGGGCCAAAUUAUGAAGUAAACCUACUCUCUGUCAACCGAGCUGUCAAAUUUGGACAUAACUUCGUAUUCAAAGAGAGUGAAGCAAAUUUGAUGUUAAAUCAUGGUCCAGGAAUUGCCCUAAACAAAACGCAGGUUUAUUUUAUCUAG